AGUUUGCCCACAAGGAGGAGCUGAUAGUGACGCUGAGCAGCCUGGAAAACCAUCAAUUGCCGUCUGCUUUUCAGCGAUUACAAACGUGGGAUGAGACUGUGUUUCUCCUCUGUGCUUAUCAGCUGGUAGAAGGCUCCCUAAGCCGGAAUGUGAAGCUGGGUAUGUUUGUGAGCCAUAAAAGAAGCAGAGUUAUUUGCUGUCGAUGUGAAACCAAAAGUAACCAGUGCCAGGCUCUUGCUGUUGUAUCCAAUCCAGUGGAAUAUGGAUCUUGCUUCUUUUUCAUUGCCCAGAGAAGGAAAGCAACGGUGACAAAGUGCUAAAAGAGAAGAUCCGUGAACAAAGGAGAAGCUCUCCCCAGGCCCUACAGAUACUGUAGUAUCGCUCCAUCCACAUGUUUUGGCAGCUUUCCAAGUGCCUGCAAGCUUGUGUUUACUGUACAGUUACACAUACUUCUGGCAUGGAAAAGGACUGUGCUAGUUCCUCCAAAGAAAAAACACAUUUGGAAUCUGCCAAAGAAAAAGGAAAUUACCAGUACAGCAGCUAGCAUCUUUCCAAGCCCAAAGGGCCAGUGGUACCACUGUGAACCUAAAGAACUUCCUUCACCACCUGUGCCUUCCCAAUGACAGAGGCACAGCAGUUCUGCCAAAAUCGUUAAGUCUAGAACCUUUGCAGACUGGAAACUUACCUCUUCUUCAUAACCAACAUUCUGUGGUGGCAGCCUUCUUCUCUAGUUAACGUCUUUGUGGAAAUGAAGAGCAAUCCUAUGAAGCUGUUCCUGUGGCUCUUGCUGCUCAUCUCUGAUGUUUUGGCUUUCAGAACUGAGAAACCUGUCGGAGAAAGGGCUGUUGAGCUAAUGAAGCAAGCCCCUCUAAUUGAUGGGCACAAUGACCUUCCAUUACAACUGAGGAUAUUGUACCAAAACAGACUAAGUAAAAUCAACUUAAAAAUUCUUAACACCACAUUCACAAACAUUCAGAAACUUCAGUCUGGCCAUGUCGGAGCUCAGUUUUGGUCAGUGUAUGUUCUGUGCAGCGCUCAGAACAAGGAUGCUGUGCGUCUGACCCUAGAGCAGAUUGAUGUUGUCAAGAGGAUGUGUCAAAUCUAUCCAGAACUUGAACUUGUUAAUACUUCUCAAGGUAUUGCUGAUAGUAAAAAGAUAGCAUGCUUGAUUGGAAUAGAAGGUGGCCAUUCCAUUGACAGCAGUCUCGCAACGCUAAGGAUGUAUUAUGACCUGGGUGUUCGGUACAUGUCUUUAACGCACACCUGCAAUACUCCAUGGGCAGAAUCUUCAUCAAAGCAAGUACAUAACUUUUAUCCUAAUGUGAAUGGUCUGAGUUCAUUUGGCAAAGAAGUGGUGAUGGAGAUGAAUCGCUUGGGGAUGAUGAUAGAUUUAUCCCAUACCUCAGACUCCACAGCAAGAAUGGCUCUCCGGAUCUCCAGAGCACCAGUCAUUUUCAGUCAUUCUUCAGCCUUCUCUGUUUGUAACCACUCAAGAAAUGUUCCUGAUGAUAUUCUUCAGAGUUUGAAAAGGAACAAUGGAAUUGUGAUGGUGACUUUCUAUAAAAAGGUGCUGGCCUGUGGAAGAGAGGUGGUGAAUGUUGCAACUGUGGCAGAUCAUUUUGACCACAUAAAGAAAAUUGCAGGUUCAAAAUCAAUAGGAAUUGGUGGUGACUAUGAUGGAGUGGAUCAAUUCCCUGAAGGACUGGAAGAUGUUUCAAAAUACCCUGCAUUGAUUGAGGAACUUCUGAGAAGAGGUUGGACCGAAAGAGAACUGUCAGGGGUUUUAAGGGAAAACUUCCUCCGUGUUUUCAGGGAGGUGGAAAAAGUGCGGAAUGACAGUAGAUCAGUGAAUGAGAAUGAGAAAGAAAUCUCACAAAGAGAGGUGCAAAAUUCCUGUCGUCUGGACCUAAGAAACCCUCCUCUUCUGCCAUCUGAUGAGCUUCCCAUUUCCUUUGGGACUCCUUCUGUGGAACAGACUUUGUGUCUAAUGUUUAUUAGUGUAAUAUAUAUAAUAUUGCAUUAACAAUGCACAGAAACCUGAUGGGUCAAAAGGGUUAUUGACUACACAUACCCAGACAGACAUUACAUGUAGAGUGAAUUGCAAUGCAAAUGGAUAAAAUCUUCUGCUUAGCUACAAAACUGUACCUCCAAGGUGUGUGAAUAGUAUUAAACCGAGAGCAUCAUUUCUAUAAACCUA